UGUGGCUUUAAUAAUACAUAUUUUGACCAUUGCGAGCCCACACAUCGAGCAGAGUUAUUACAAACAUGUCAUCUUUCCUUCAGUGGACUCUGAAUAACGGAUUUUGGCACCUCAUCCUGUUUUGUUUCUUAAUUUUAAUGCAGAUUGGAUGUCUGCACUAAAGUCUUUUGCGAAUAUGUUUGGUGUUUAAAUGUCGGUCCAGAGGAAUGUUAUUUUGGUGUUGAGUUGGUCCAGACCACAGUUUUGAGGGGGAGGGCAGGGAAAGUUAAGAGGAAAUGGGUGUUCAAAACUCCUCCUAUAUCUAACUCCACAUUCCUCUUCUGUGCCCUUCUCUGAAUGUUUUGGAGCUAAAACGUCUGCAAGGACAGAAAGAGCACAGAAGGAGGACAGCAGCAACGACCAAAUCAGAGACGCUUACUGAAGGGUGCUAACUCAAAGUCACUGAAGCUGAAGGGAUAUACCAGCAGCCAUGGUCUUCCUGCUCAUAACCCUAACAGUGCUGCAUCUGGUCACCUUGGCCAUGCUCCUGAUUGCCACCCUGGAAAAGUCCUGGUGGGUAUGGGCUGAUACAGAGAUCACAGAUCUCUGGUACAACUGCUUCCAUGAUAAUGCCUCUCAGACCUGGAUGUGUGCUUCUGCCAAUGAAAGUGACUGGCUGCAGUCUGUUCAGGCCCUCAUGGUUCUGUCUGUGGUCUUCUCCUCCAUCUCCUUCCUGGUGUUUCUGGGUCAGCUGAUCACCGUCUCUAAAGGAGGUCUCUUCUACUUCACAGGCCUCUGUCAGGCCUUUGCAGGUUUCACAGCCUUUGCUGCUUGCCUCAUCUUCACCUUCCACAGAAAGGAGAUCUUAAAUGACUCCAGAGAUCUGAGCAAAGGACGCUUUGGCUACUGUUUCAUCCUGGCAUGGGUGUGUGUCCCUCUCCUCCUGGUCAGUUCAGUCCUGUAUGUCCACCUGCGCAAAAAGCAGUGAGGCAAAAAAAAUGAAAAACUCACUUCAAUCACCUCCCAGUUACCAGCAAGCACACAAGGAAAUCAGAUGACUGAGAAUGAAAUACCUCUAUGAAUACACAUUUCUGUUUUCUUUUCUGACUCAAGGUCCACCCCACCGUGCUACAUGGUAUGCGGGACAUUAUGUCAUCAUGGUGGCAUCUCUGUCUGUGAGACACAUUGUCACUUAAAACAUUUAUUAGGUAACAUCAUUAGGUAAUGGAUUCAUAACUUGUUGUGUUUAAUUGUGAUUACGGUGAGACAAUAUGGAGCUCAAAUGUCUUUCUUUUUGUAGGCUAUUUUGUAUACAUUUGUGUUUACUUAUUAAAAAAUCAAUAUGUGA